UGUCAGCUGGUGGGCCCCCACCCUCCUGCACCCCAAGGCCUGGAGAGAUGACCUGCUGCACCAUGGGCUGUGGAUCCACAGACCCCUGUCCAUGCCUCUCAUCUGGAGCGUUUCCUGAAGAGCAUUAGGAGAGACCUGGAUUCAAGUUCUGGCUUAUCGCCUCGGUGGUCACAUCCUCCCGUGGACUCAGUCUUUCAGUGAAGAGUUGACUGAGGAUGAUUUAUGAGGAUGUCUCUUGCUCUGGCACCAGGAUUUAAAUUCUAGAUGUCCAGGAGACUAGAGAGGUCUGGCCCGGAUGCAGGAAUCUGACAUGAUAAUAGCUUGGCCGGGCAUUCUGCUCAGCCUAACUCAUCUUCGCGACGUAGGCGUGGCCCGCAGGCUGGAGUGGCUCUCUUGGCAUCUGGUCCUCUCUCCGCCCCUCUUUGCCCCCAUAUAGCCACACACCAAAGAGGAUUUCUCUUCUGUAGCAAAUCCGGGAAGAGGGGUGAGGCCAGGCCCCUUGUCCCAGACCCAGCCACGGCCAUGGGGGCCUGCGCCCUUCUGACGGAUGCCAACAUCUCAUCUGGCCUCGAGAGCAACACCACGGACAUCACAGCCUUCUCCAUGCCGGGCUGGCAGCUGUCACUGUGGGCCACAGCCUACCUGGCCCUGGUGCUGGUGGCUGUGACGGGCAACGCCACGGUCAUCUGGAUCAUCCUUGCCCAUCCGAGGAUGCGCACGGUCACCAACUACUUCAUCGUCAACCUGGCCCUGGCUGACCUGUGCAUGGCCGCCUUCAACACGCCCUUCAACUUUGUCUACGCCAGCCACAACGUCUGGUACUUCGGCCGAGUCUUCUGCCACUUCCAGAACCUCUUUCCCAUCACAGCCAUGUUUGUCAGCAUCUACUCCAUGACAGCCAUCGCUGCCGACAGGUACAUGGCCAUCGUCCAUCCCUUCCAGCCACGGCUCUCGGCCCCCGGCACCAAGGCAGUUAUCGCGGUCAUCUGGCUGGUGGCCCUGGCCCUUGCCUUCCCCCAGUGCUUCUACUCCGCCAUCACUGUGGACGAGGGCGCCACCAAGUGCGUGGUGGCCUGGCCCGAAGACAGCAGGGGCAAGUCACUCCUCCAGUACCACCUGGUGGUGAUCGCCCUCAUCUACCUCCUGCCCCUCCUGGUGAUGUUCAUCGCCUACAGCAUCAUUGGCCUCACACUCUGGGGGCACGCUCUCCCACGACACCAGGUCCACGGUGCCAACCUGCGCCACCUGCUGGCCAAGAAGAAGUUUGUGAAGACCAUGGUGCUGGUGGUGGUGGCGUUUGCCGUCUGCUGGCUGCCCUACCACCUCUACUUCAUCCUGGGCAGCCUCCAGGAGGACAUCUACUGCCACAAGUUCAUCCAGCAGGUCUACCUGGCGCUCUUCUGGCUGGCCAUGAGCUCCACCAUGUAUAAUCCCAUCAUCUACUGCAGCCUCAACCACAGGUUCCGCUCUGGAUUCCGCCUUGCUUUCCGGUGCUGCCCGUGGGUCACUCCAGCUGAGGAAGAUAAACUAGAGCUGACUCCCACUCCGUCCCUCUCCAUGAGGGUCAACAGGUGUCAUACGAAAGAGAUUUUGUUCACAGCUGGGGACAUGGCCGCUUCCGAGGUUACCAAUGGGAAGGCUGGGGUGUCCCCAAGAGGGGAAGCCUGCUGAA